AUAAUCUUGUCUUCUUCAAUUCGCUUCUAUCCUUUUAUCUUCUUCUUCUUCUUCGUUAAACCCUAUAUAAUCCUUUUCCCUUAGCCCCAGCUGGGAGGGACCUUCAUUCAACUCCAGAUUCCAACCCUCUCAAACGACGUCGUCUUCUUCCUCCCUCCCUUCUUCUCAGGGGAGCCAUGAAUACCUCUUCCCUCCUCGCUCCUCCUUCCACUCCUCGCCCUUCUCUUCUCCGCUCUCCCUUCCUCAACCCCAUCCCUCUUCGAACCACCGCCUCCCGCGCCACUGCCCAUUCACGACGACGCCGUUUUAGGGUCUCCGUUCCCCGGAGUGCCGCCACCCCCUCCUCCUCCGACCAAUCAACCGUCGCCACCUCACCCCCUCCCAAUGUUUUCGGAGGCUCAAAGGAGCUCACAGGGAUUCAACCCUUGGUUGAGAAGUUUUCGCCGCCGGUUAGACUAGCCACUUCGGCAAUUAUAGUCGCUGGCGCUGUUGCGGCUGGGUACGGGUUGGGGUUCCGGUUCGGCCAGUCCCGUAACGCGGCUUUGGGCGGGGCCGUGGCGCUUGGUGCUGCGAGUGGGGCUGCCGCUUAUGCUCUGAACGCAUGUGUUCCUGAGGUUGCUGCGGUGGAAUUGCACAAUUAUGUGGCCGGGAGCGACGACCCCAAAGCUGUGAAAAAGGAGGAGAUUGAGGCGAUUGCCAAGAAAUACGGUGUGAGCAAGCAGAACGAGGCUUUUAAUGCAGAGCUUUCUGACCUAUAUUGCCAAUUUGUUUCUUCUGUUCUUCCGCCAGGAAGUCAAGAGCUUAGCGGAGAUGAAGCUGAUACGAUCAUAAAUUUCAAGAAUGCUUUGGGCAUUGAUGACCCUGAGGCAGCUGCAAUGCAUAUGGAGAUUGGUCGAAGACUAUUUAGGCAAAGGCUUGAGACUGGAGAUCGGGAUGGAGACUUAGAGGAACGUCGGGCAUUUCAGAAGCUGAUUUAUGUUUCAACUCUUGUUUUUGGAGAUGCAUCGUCUUUCCUUUUACCUUGGAAACGAGUAUUCAAAGUCACUGAUUCACAGGUUGAGAUUGCUAUUCGUGAUAAUGCUCAGAGGCUAUAUGCCACUAAGCUGAAUUCAGUUGGCACAGAUAUUAGUGUAGACCAGCUAUUUAGCCUCAGGGAAGCACAACUCUUGUAUCGACUUUCUGAUGAGCAUGCUGGGGACUUGUUCAGGGAGCAUACAAGGAAACUGGUUGAGAAACACAUCUCUUCUGCACUUACUACACUGAAGUCUAGAACAAGAGCCACUCAGGGAGUUACACAGGUUGUGGGGGAGCUUGAUAAAGUACUUGCUCUCAAUAAUUUACUUAUUUCAUUGAAGAACCAUCCAGACUCAAAUCGCUUUGCUCCUGGGGUUGGUCCAGUUUUUUUAUUAGAUGGUGAGUAUGGUGAUAAAAAGAUGGACGAGUUAAAGCUUCUUUUUAGAGCCUAUGUAUCAGAUGCAUUAUCUGGUGGUCGCAUGGAAGAAAAUAAGCUAUCCUCUUUGAAUCAAUUAAGGAAUAUAUUUGGCUUAGGAAAACGAGAAGCAGAAGUUGUUGUGCUUGAUGUUACUUCAAAGGCGUAUCGCAAACGACUUUCACAGGCUGUUACUGGGGGUGAUUUAGAAGCAGCAGAUAGCAAAGCAGCCUUCCUUCAAAAGCUCUGUGAUGAGCUGCACUUUGACCCACAAAAGGCCAGUGAGAUUCAUGAAGAAAUUUAUCGGCAAAAGCUUCAGCAAUGUGUGGCUGAUGGAGAGCUAAGCGAGGCGGAUGUCGCUGCCUUGCUGAGGCUUCGUGUCAUGCUUUGUGUACCUCAGCAGACAGUUGAAGCAGCCCAUUCAGAUAUUUGUGGCACUUUGUUUGAGAAGGUUGUGAAGGAAGCAAUUGCAGCUGGAGUGGAUGGUUAUGAUGCAGAUUUAAAGCAAUCUGUCAGAAAGGCAGCACAUGGUUUGAGAUUGACUAGAGAGUCUGCCAUGUCAAUUGCCAGUAAGGCUGUCCGAAAGAUUUUUAUCAACUAUAUAAAACGAGCUCGGGCUGCUGGAAAUCGUACUGAAUCAGCAAAAGAACUUAAAAAGCUCAUUGCUUUUAACACCUUGGUUGUGACAGAGUUGGUAAAAGAUAUUAAAGGGGAAUCGUCUGAUACUGAUAUGCCUUCAGAAGAGCCUGUAAAGGAGGAAGAGAAACACAUCGAAGACGAUGAGGAUGAAGAAUGGGAGUCUCUGCAGACACUCCGGAAAAUAAAGCCUAAUAAGGAGCUUGCUGCAAAGAUGGGGAAGCCUGGGCAGACUGAGAUAACUCUUAGGGAUGAUCUGCCAGAAAGAGAUAGGACUGACCUAUACAAGACAUACUUGCUUUUCUGUCUAACCGGGGAAGUGACUAGAAUUCCAUUUGGUGCACAGAUCACUACGAAGAAAGAUGAUUCAGAAUAUGUUUUCCUAAAUCAGCUUGGUGGUAUUUUGGAUUUGGAUGCAAAAGAAAUAGUUGAAGUACAUAGGAGCUUGGCCGAGCAAGCUUUCAGGCAACAAGCAGAGGUGAUUUUAGCUGAUGGACAAUUGACAAAGGCCAGAGUGGAGCAGCUUAGUGAGCUGGAGAAACAAGUUGGUUUGCCUUCACAAUACGCACAAAAGAUCAUUAAGAACAUAACAACUACAAAAAUGGCAGCUGCUAUUGAGACAGCCAUUGGUCAGGGAAGACUGAACAUUAAACAGAUUAGAGAACUCAAGGAAGCGAGUGUUGAUUUGGACAACAUGAUUUCUGAGAGCUUGAGAGAGAACCUUUUCAAAAAGACCGUGGAUGAAAUUUUCUCAUCAGGCACAGGAGAGUUCGAUGAGGAAGAAGUAUAUCAGAAAAUCCCACUGGAUCUUAACAUUAAUGCCGAGAAGGCAAGGGGCGUUGUUAAAGAGCUUGCCCAGAGCAGGUUAUCAAAUUCGUUGAUCCAGGCUGUUUCAUUACUGAGACAGAGAAAUCGUCAAGGAGUGGUUUCAUCUCUUAAUGACUUGCUGGCUUGUGACAAGGCCGUACCUUCGAAACCCCUUUCGUGGGAGGUACCCGAGGAGCUGGCCGAUCUUUACUCCAUAUACCUGAAUAGUGAACCAGCACCUGAAAAGCUCUCCCGUUUGCAGUAUCUUCUUGGUAUAAGUGACUCAACGGCAGCUGCUCUUGGAGAGAUGGGAGAUAGACUACUUGCUGUUGGAGCAGAGGAGGAAAAGUUUGUAUUUUGAUGUUGAAGUGGGCAUCAGAGUGAAAGGCCACACAUAUGGAGCAAUAAAGUCUUUGCCUGAUUGGCUCAUUUUUGUUCAUCACUUUUUUUUUUUUUGGUUGGAGUAAAGGGUAUUGUUGAAAAGGAAAUGAAUAGAAUGGUAAGAUUGUUAGAGAAAUGUCAAUGAAAAGCUAGAUGUUGAAACUCUUAGAAUGCCGUAAGAUUUGUAGAAUGAAUGCCUUUUGUUUUAUUGUGCAAGCAAUGUUAUGAGGAAAUAUUUGAUGUA